AUGGUUUCCAUCAGCCAUGUAGCACGCAAAGUCUUGUCCUGCAUGCCAUUCGUUCUUGUUUUGUUUGACCUGAAAUAUGAAGGAGUAAAAUGUGGCAGGGAAGGCAGUGUGGAGAGUCACCUGGAAAUGGGGAAGAAACUCCUUGCUGCUGGCCAGCUAGCUGAUGCCCUCUCUCACUUCCAUGCUGCUGUGGAUGGAGAUCCAAAGAACUACAUGGCCUACUACAGGAGAGCUACUGUUUACCUAGCCAUGGGGAAGUCAAAGUCUGCACUGCCAGAUCUGAGCAGAGUCAUCGAACUCAAACCAGACUUCACAUCCGCAAGGCUUCAGAGAGGAAAUCUCCUGUUAAAGCAGGGGAAGCUGGAUGAAGCAGAGAGUGACUUUAAGAAGGUGCUCAAGUCCAACCCCAGCGACAAAGAACAGAAGGAGGCCCAGAGUCAGCUCACCAAGUCAGAUGAAAUACAGCGGCUGCUGGCUCAGGCACACAGCAGCUUCAGCAGCAAGGAUUACAUGACAGCUGCUGCCCAGUUUGACACCAUCAUUGAAACUUGUGUUUGGGAUGUGGCCUCUCGGGAGCUGCGAGCAGAGUGUUUCAUUCAGAUGGGAGAGAUGGGGAAAGCUAUUAGCGACCUUAAAGCUGCCUCCAAGUUGAAGAGUGACAACACCAAGGCCUUCUACAAACUUAGCACCAUCUACUAUAACCUGGGAGACCAUGAGAUGUCACUAAAUGAGGUGCGUGAGUGCCUGAAGCUGGAUCCUGAUCACAAGCAGUGCUACAGCCAUUACAAGCAGGUGAAGAAGCUCAACAAACAGAUCCAGUCUGCCGAGGAGCUCAUCCAAGAGAAGAGGUAUGAGGACGCUGUGAGCAAGUAUGAGGCGGUGAUGAAGACUGAGCCCAACGUGCACCAUUACUCCCUCCAUGCCAAGGAGCGCAUCUGCCAUGCACUGGCACAGAGCCAGCAGGCUAGCAGAGCUGUCUCAGUGUGUAGUGAAGUCCUCCAGUCAGACCCAGAGAAUGUCAAUGCGCUGAAAGACAGAGCCGAGGCCUAUGUCCAAGAAGAGCAGUACGAGGAAGCUAUUAAGGACUAUGAGACGGCCAGUCAGCACAGUGAGAAUGACCGUCAGAUCAAAGAGGGCCUGGAGAGAGCUCAGCGGCUUCUCAAGCAGUCGCAGAAAAGGGACUACUACAAGAUCCUGGGCGUGAAGAGAACUGCCCAGAAGAAGGAGAUUAUCAAGGCCUACAGGAAACUGGCACAGCAGUGGCACCCGGACAACUUCAAGGACCCAGAGGAGAAGAAAAAGGCUGAGAAGAAGUUCAUAGACAUUGCUCAGGCUAAAGAGGUUCUCACUGACCCAGAGAUGAGAACAAAGUUUGACCACGGGGAAGACCCCCUGGACCCAGAGAGCCAGCAGGGAGGUCACCACCAUCCCUUCCAUGGAGGCUUCCACGGCUUCCAGGGAUUCAACCCCUUCGGCUCUGGAAGCUUCAAUUUUAAAUUCGGUUUCAACUGAGGACGCUCGUAUCCAGUACAGCUGGAGCUGAGUUUUCUAUUUUCCUCCCUAUUUAAAGGGAAAACACUGGCCUGAAUGAUGCCAAAUAAAUACCUGUAGAGACUCACGACAGUGUGUUGGAGGACAUUACUCCAACUCAACAUGCAUCCUGUUGUUAAAUGAUACAACUUUGGAUUCCGUUUGGGAAAAGUCUGUUGCUAUGCUAACAAAUAUCUGCCAUGUUUGAAGCAGCUCUUUUCUGUAGAGAUUCCAAUCAAGAGACUAAAGGGUUAAUUCCUAAGUGGCACUUAACGCCCUGCCGAUGUAAGGUAGACUCUGAAAUUCACAUCCAUUCCUAAGAUUAAAGUGUACAUAAGUACGGCAUUAUUUUUAUAUGAAUGGAGUUUUUCUGAACUGUAAAUAAAUAACUAUUUAUGCUUGUUAAUUUUAA